CAUCCUUUGGGUAUCGUGGCGUCUGGCAACAAUUUCACUCUUUACAUUCUACAUCAAGGGAAUUUCUUACUCUUGUGUUCUAACAAUCACUUUCUUUUCGCACCAACAACCCUUAGUGGUUCUCACUUUCUUUCGUUCUAUUUUCGUUGCCAAGGACACAAAGCCACUAUACUCCCUCAGGCGGAGCAUUGGACCGAAUAAAUCACAAGGCAAACAUAUACGAACAAUAGCAAACAAUAAAGAUCAAUUCGUUUCAGAAUCACUUCCUAUAUAUCAUUAGGACUGCUGUUCUUUUUUCGCUGGUGGAAAAAGACGUUGAUCAAUUAUCCAUUUAUUUCUCUACAUUGGCUAAGUCCCAAUUUAUCAACUUUCUCUUCAUCCACGAAAACGGAAAAGAUUCCAGAGAGCCAGCCUCAUCAAAUCAGCAAUCAUGAAGUUUCAGCUCGCUUCCCUUGCCGGCCUUCUCAUGGCCGGCCAAACUAUCGCCGCCCCUGUCCAGGCUAGGGAUGGUGUUAAGAUGGCCUCGGAUUACAUCCUCGAGAUUGCCCCCAAAUCUGCAACAUGCGACAACACGGACGAGUGUCGCACAAAUGUCCAGGCCGGUCCUCUUUUCGCCGACGCUAUGCUUAAGUACAAUGUCAAGAAUGCGGCUCAGAUCGCUGGUAUUCUUGCCCUAACAGCCUUUGAGUCUGACGACUACAAGUACAAGCACAACAUCUCCCCGGGUCGACCCGGUCAGGGCACUAGCAACAUGCAGCAAUGGCCCUUCACUCUCAAGUAUGCGCAAUCCAUCCCGGAACUAAAGGACAAGCUCUCCGGUGUCACCGAGAGCGUCGAUGACAACAAGAAGAAUGAGAUCCUCGCACUAGUCACCCCCGAUGAGUACAACUUCGGCAGCGGACCUUGGUUUUUCACUACCCAGUGCAGCACCGAUAUCCAGGAAGCCCUGAAGGCUGGUACCGACGCUGGCUUCCAACAGUACAUGUCAUGUGUCGGUAUCACCGACGUCACCCCAGACCGACUUGAGUACUGGAACCGCGCCAAGACCGCCUUUAACCUCUCGGGUUGAAUUCCCGAUGACGGGAGCGCUUUUCUCAAUAGUUCGACGUCUGGGAAUGGACAAGGGCAGGCGACAAACAACAACAAUAACCAGACAUCCGGAGUUGGGGUCGGUCGGGUUGGUGGUUGUAUGAACAUUUACGCGUGGGCAUUUAUAGCAUCAUGUCUUAUGGUUGUCUAGCGGGGAAAAGAGCGGUUCUGCUCGGUUUUUGAAUGCUUUGAUCUUAUUCGCUUCUAUUUGUACAUAUACAAUGAUCUUUGAAUCUACUGUCUUAUAUGACGAUUUAACGGUCUGAACCUUUUACUCUUCGAUGAAUGCUGUGAUUAUAAUUGUCGCUAAAUGUAUCACGU